GGGAGCGCCCUGCCUGGCGGGCCCCACGGCCCAGCCGCGCACGCUCCCCGCCUUUGUUCCCAGCCCCUACAGAUGGUGCCCGGCUUGGGUCUCCGGGGGAGGGAUGGGGGGGAGGGUGGAAGGGGGGGCAGCCAAUCAGGAGCCGGCCCAUCAGCUGACCUGCUUUGCUUACACCAGGUGCACGCCGGCUGCAGGCAGCACAAAGCCCAGCGGAGGAGGGAAGGCGGCAGCCGCGGAGAGGAGAAGGAGGAAGACGACGACGACGACGACGACGGCCUGGCUGGCUGGCUGGCUGAGCAGCGGGGUGCGGAGCGGACACCGCCGCCAGCAGCGCUUAGGGCUUGGCCGAGACUUUUGAGUUUUUUUUUUCUUCUACAAAUUGUACCGCGCUUUCCCCCACCCCCCAGUGGGGGUGGGGGGGGCUGGACCCCAAAACAAUCCCAGCCACGUCCCCCCCCCGUUCCCUUUCCGUGAACGGGGCAUCUCCUGCCCAGGGGCAGCGGCUGGUGAACGGGCAGCCAGCCUGCUCCCGUCCUUCCGCCUCCCAGCGUGCGGCUAGGGGCAGGAGUCGGGGCUUAGCAUCCGCCGCCCCGCACCCGCUGGGCACCUCUCCAGACACUGAUUUGGGUUAACCAACUCAUGCAGCAGAGCUUUGUACAAGCACUCGGAACAAAAGAGAAAAGUGAAGAGGUUCUGAAAAGCAUCUUCCAUAUUCUGAAUGUCUAAAAGUUUCAACCUAAACUUUACUUUUUACUUUUUUUUUCUUAAUACGAUUAAUAUAUUCAAUCUUUUGCUAUUUUAAGGGGUUAGGCAGUUGAAUUUACUAGCAAACCAACAUGGCUAGGAUUAGAUUGGUUUUAAUAGCUUGCCUGUUGGUGCUAGAAUUGCUAAUGAAUUCAGUAACUGAGCCUUCCAUACAGAAUAAUGAAUGUCCACAGCUUUGUGUAUGUGAAAUCAGGCCAUGGUUUACGCCACAGUCGACCUACAGAGAAGCUACAACAGUUGACUGCAAUGACCUUCGUUUAACAAAAAUCCCCAGCAAUCUUUCCAGUGACACUCAAGUUCUUCUCUUACAAAGCAACAACAUUGCAAAGACCACAGAUGAACUCCAACAGCUUUUCAAUUUAACAGAGUUAGAUUUUUCACAGAAUAAUUUUACUAGUGUCAAAGAUGUGGGGCUCUCAAAUCUGACUCAGCUUACUACUUUACAUCUGGAGGAAAACCAGAUAACAGAGAUGACUGACUACUGCUUGCAGGACCUUUGCAAUCUUCAGGAACUAUAUAUAAACCAUAACCAGAUUAGUAGUAUCUCUGCAAAUGCAUUCUCUGGCCUGAGGAACCUUUUAAGACUUCAUCUUAACUCUAACAAAUUAAAGGUUAUUGACAGUCGUUGGUUUGAUUCUACUCCUAACUUGGAGAUCCUUAUGAUUGGGGAAAAUCCAGUGAUUGGAAUACUAGAUAUGAACUUCAAGCCACUCUCAAAUUUAAGAAGUCUAGUUUUGGCAGGUAUGUACCUCACUGAUAUUCCUGGAAAUGCAUUAGUAGGCUUAGAUAGUCUUGAAAGUCUUUCCUUUUAUGAUAACAAAUUGGUCAAGGUUCCUCAGCUUGCUCUUGAGAAAGUUCCAAAUUUAAAAUUCCUUGACCUCAACAAAAACCCAGUUCACAAAAUCCAAGAAGGUGACUUUAAAAAUAUGCUGCGGUUGAAAGAACUUGGGAUCAAUAAUAUGGGAGAACUGGUUUCUGUUGAUAGGUAUGCACUAGACAACCUACCUGAACUUACAAAGCUUGAAGCUACCAACAAUCCAAAGUUGUCUUAUAUACAUCGUUUAGCAUUUCGUAAUGUUCCUGCUCUGGAAAGCCUAAUGCUGAACAACAAUGCUUUGAAUGCAGUCUACCAAAAGACAGUGGAAUCUCUUCCAAAUCUGCGUGAGAUCAGUAUUCACAGUAAUCCACUCAGGUGUGACUGUGUCAUUCACUGGAUCAACUCAAACAAAACCAAUAUCCGUUUUAUGGAGCCUCUAUCAAUGUUUUGUGCUAUGCCACCAGAAUACAGAGGACAACAGGUGAAAGAAGUGUUAAUACAGGAUUCAAGUGAACAAUGUCUUCCAAUGAUUUCUCAUGACACUUUUCCAAAUCAUUUGAAUUUGGACAUUGGCAUGACAGUGUUUCUAGAUUGUCGGGCCAUGGCAGAACCUGAACCAGAAAUUUAUUGGGUAACUCCACUUGGAAAUAAAAUAACAGUUGAAAGUCUCUCAGACAAGUACAAGCUGAGUAGUGAAGGUACCCUGGAAAUCUCGAAUAUUCAGAUUGAAGACUCUGGAAGAUAUACAUGUGUUGCUCAAAAUAUAGAAGGGGCUGACACAAGAGUAGCUACUAUAAGAGUGAAUGGAACUCUUUUGGAUGGUACACAAGUGCUGAAAAUAUAUGUCAAACAAGCUGAAUCUCAUUCGAUAUUAGUUUCUUGGAAGGUUAAUUCCAAUGUCAUGACCUCCAAUUUAAAAUGGUCAUCAGCCACUAUGAAGAUUGAUAACCCUCACAUUACAUACACCGCGAGGGUCCCAGUUGAUGUACAUGAAUAUAACCUCACUCAUUUGCAGCCAUCCACAGAUUACGAGGUCUGUCUAACUGUAUCAAAUAUCCAUCAGCAAACUCAAAAGUCUUGUGUUAACGUUACAACAAAAAAUGCAGCUUUUGCCCUUGACAUUUCCGACCAAGAAACCAGUACCGCCCUUGCAGCUGUAAUGGGUUCAAUGUUUGCUGUGAUCAGCCUUGCCUCCAUCUCUGUUUAUAUUGCUAAAAGGUUUAAGAGAAAAAACUACCACCAUUCAUUGAAAAAGUAUAUGCAAAAGACAUCUUCAAUCCCACUGAAUGAGCUCUAUCCGCCACUUAUUAAUCUAUGGGAAGGUGACAGUGAAAAAGACAAAGAUGGUUCUGCAGAGACCAAGCCAACCCAAGUCGACACAUCCAGAAGCUAUUACAUGUGGUAACUCAGAGGAUAUUCUGCUUCUGGUAGUAAGGAGCACAAAGGCUUUUUUGCUUUAUUCUGCAAAAAUGAAAGACAUUUGUAUUUUUUUGACUUUGCUAGUUUGUGGCAGAGUGGUGAGGACAGGUGGAUAUUUCAGAAUUUUUUAGUAUAGCGUAUCGCAACUGUUUGACACAAAUGGCAGCUUCACCUAGCUUCCAAUUUCUUUUUUUUAGUUGUGCUAAACUUAAUGCUGUUCUAACUACAGUACUGAAUAAAAUUAAUGACAGGCUGGGGUUACCUUGUGAUUCACAGCUAGCACAGCCCCUUUCUUCUGAAGCCAUCAGUAGAGAGUACAGUAUCCUUCAACAGCUAACGUACAGUUUUGAAAUGGCAUUGGACCAGUUUUAUAACACUCUGGUCUGAAGACUCAAACUGAGAAAAGAAGACUAGAUCUUCAGUGAUGUUAGCUGACUGUACUGUAAUGUUGUAUCAACUGAUUUGAAUGUUUUUGACUUUAAACAAUGACUUUUUUCUUUUUUGUAAUAGUUGAAAAGGCUUAGGUAAACCUAACAGGUGAUAGAAAUAUGUACAUCUGAUUUUUUUUAAAUGUAACAAACUAAAUGUUAAUUAUCUUAUUCUUUUUAUUAUAUUUAGUAGAUACUUUUAAAGAAUACUAGCCUUUUGCUGUGCUUAAUCCACCAACACAUGGUGUAUAAUGAAGGCAAAACUAUAAUAAAUUACAGUUUUGUUCUGAUUUUUUUUAAAACAGUCACAAUAAUGUAUUGUUUUUAGUUGUCACUAGUUUGACUGGUGAUUAUGUUUGGAUAUAAAAUAUAUCCAAAUUAUUAUGUAAAAUUGUGGGUGUGUUAAAGUCAAAUUUCAACAGAUUUUCAGUUUUUGCUGUAAAGAAGAAAUAUCUAUUUUAACUGGGAUUUUUUCUGCACUGUUUUUCAAUAUUAAAAACAAAGUACUGCAGAGUACCUAAUCAGAAAGAUAUCAAGUAGAGUAAGGGCUGUAACUGUAUCACAUGGAAAAUCAAAACUGCCUCAAUGCAAGGGACUGGACUAGAGGACCUCUCGUGGUCUCUUCCACCCCAUAUUUCUAUGAUAUAACUUAGGUACACAUCAAGAAAAUACAUUGAAUGUGGCACUUUCUAUACACAUUUUUGUUUAUAUUAUAAGCUAAGUUUUACAUGAAGCAAGUGUUUGGCUGUCACUGACAAUUAAAGAAGAAAGGCAACUCAACAUCACUAAAUCAAUUAUAAUAGUAUAAUUAUAAUAGUCCACAAAUGUUUGCCUGUAAAAAAAAAUCCAUGUUAUUUGGAUUAGUGUCUUUUAAAGUAUCAGUUAGAGUAUUUACAACUCUGAUACAAUAUCUCAUGUGGGAUGGGGGAUUAACAGCCAAUAUCUAUUUUAUAGACUUUCAAAUCUGUAUUUCAAAAUAUUUUACUAAAUUACAGAAUAGUUUAAGAUGGUACAAAAUUACAGACAACAGUGGUGUGAAUACAUGAAUAAUUUAGGGCUGGAUUUUCAAAAGCACUCAACCUUGGUCUUUCUACUCUCAAUAAAAUCCUUGACAGGGCCUGUUCAUUGUGAGGUCACAAAGGAGACAGGGUUUCUAAAGAAGCAUCUAUUGUAGUCAUGCCAGAUGCCAAGUGAAGAAGCAGAAAAUUUUGUGUAGUAUAUUAAUUUUCUACUACCCCUCUUCUCCUUACCCAAAAGGUUGCUAAGUGCUGACUCUGCAAUGAUCAUUAACUAUGUGCAAUGGGAUGGUUUUGCAUACCGAUGAGCUAUUUUUGAGUUAAUGAUGAGCACAAAUAAAUUGUCUGAAUGCUGAAAAUGUAGUUUUAUUUAAAAAAAAAAUCUUCAGAAACUCAAAAAUGACAUUUCCCUAAAACUUUCUGGUAUAAAACUAUCCACCCCUGUCUCAAGCGCAAAGAAUUUUUCUUCAGACACUUAUGUCUGAAUAUGAGAAAUAAAGUCUCAACAUCAACCUAAGCACUGGAAUAAAUUGCCUAAGGAGGCUGUGUAAUCUCCAUCAUUGUCUAACCUGCUCUUAAAAAUCUCCAAACACCUGUCGGGGUGAUCUACUUUAGACCUGCCAUAAGUGCAGGGAACUGAACUAGAUGACCUCUUGAGGUCCCUUCCAGGGCUACAAUUGUAUGAUAAUCUUUCAUACAAGUUUCACUGCUGCAAAAGCUUCAAUAUAAUAAUUUUAUGUAGUUAAUGUAUAGCUUCCUAAAUCUCAUAUUUUAAUUAAAGAGUUUGGUAAAACUAUUGGUUUCAUGUCAAAAAUCAUGAACUUAUAUAAAAUUCUUUAUAUGGUUAUGAAAUCUCAAAUCUUUACCUACAUGCCCGCUGUAUAUGGGUUUUUUAAGUGUUUCUUUUACUUGUGGACAGGAAAUGAGGUGGGGAACUCUACUAUGUCUACUUCUUAAUGUCAAUUUCUGCCUCUUUCUGAUGUGCAGCUUCAGAGCAAUAAUUACCACCUUGUAUACAAGCUAGAAUUGCCAUUGCUCUGAUAGCAGACUUGAUUAAAAUUGGGAUCUGCUCUGCAGUGGAGAUGCACUCUUGGUUUCUUCAAUGUAAAGGACACAGUAAGGCCAAGGCUGACAGAAAAUUAUGGCUUCCCACUUGCAUGGCCUUAUCAAAUAGUCUUUACAAAAUAAUUCAUUGAGUGUCAGAUGCUGCAGCAUAGGCCUUUAGUGUGGACACCAAAGCCCUAAAUUCAAGCAAGGGUCAGAAAAUUCUUAACGUAGGUUUAAAAUACAAUGUAGAUGUUCAAGGCCAGGGUUCAUUAACAUGGGUCAGCUGACUCCAGCCCCACUAACCCUGGGCCUAAAUUGCAGUGUAGACAUACCCUUAGUCACUGCUACUUGGAGAACUGUAUAUAGUUCUAUGGAGAAUUAGGUUCUGCUUAUAACAGAAUUCACUAAUAAGAGAUUAGUCAGACAUGUUGCACCUGAUUUUAAUAAAUGACCUUCAACUUUGCAUAUACAAUUCUGGGUUCACAAUUUACUGUGGGCAUAAAUACAAGUAUCUGUAUGUUUACCUGACUGCAUUCAAAAUGCAUUUGUGUCAGUCGUUCACUGUAGACCCAACAUUCCCCUCCUCACAACUGGAGGUUGAGUUAAGGUACUUUAAAAAUGUAACUAAUAAUGUGUUUUCCCCCAUGUUGUUAGCUUUCAUUUAGCUAAUGAUUUAUAAAAUGUCUGUGGGCCAAGGAUGAAUAUUUCACACACAAUUGUAAUCUUUUGUAAUUUUUUGCUAGUAGUAAUUUUUUUUGCUAGUAGAUUGUGCUAUAAUUAAAGUAGUUCUGGUCUUAAGAGU